AGUCGCCGAGAGGUGGUGUCGCUGCUCGUCGUGGUUGCGUGCAACAGGUUGUUGCGUUCGUACUUACUUUGUUUUUAUUUUUUUUGACAGUGGAUGAGUAUGAUGACUUAAGUUAAGUCGGUGUCUGUGUUGUGUUUUUGGUGUGUUUGUGAUGUAAUGAGUGGACUUUGUUUAUGAGAACUGAGUUAAUUAGCAACAUGGAUAUUUUGUUUUUGGGGUUAGUCCUCCUGGCUUUGGCUCCCUUCGGGGGGUGUAACUCGGACAUGGCUGUUAGAGGUAAGCUGACCGCGUUUUUAUCACUACAAUCAAGACGUCCUCGGAUGAUGGACUGCGUUGGGACACCGUAAAACGUUUUGACUUAAGACGAGGUGCGAUGGAUGUGACGUUCAUUAAAAAAAUUCAUAAAAAUACCUUUCAACGAGGGAUCAUAUGACAAACGGAGCCCUUUUUACGUUAGGUUAUGUUUUUAAUUGGUGCCGGUGCACGUGUGGCAUUCCUUUCUUUAUUAUCAGCUAGACAAUGCUGGAUGUUUUAUUUCUUUAUGUUGCGUUUUGGAGACGUUUUAUAGCUUGAAUAUUGGAGAUUCUGAGAAGCGGCGAUGGAGAGAAGCGCGGGACAUCAAAGGAGGAGCGGAUCUAGGAAGCUGUGGAUUGUUGUGACGAACCAUGGAAGAGAGAGUCAGUUUGUCGUUGGGCGCGAGCUGGUGAGGAGCUUGCGCCAUGUGAGGGUUUCACCCGUGCCAGCACCAUGGACACCGGUCGCCACCUCCUGGUGUUGUUGGCACUGUUUGUGUUGUGCGAAUGUGGAGGACAUCAGUACAGGAGCAGGCGCAAGGGCGGCGGCGCCAAGGACAAGGCGCCGAUCGUCCACCAUCAUCAGGAUAACGAGUUCUCCAUCAAGGGAAAGAUCUGCAUCGGGACAAAUGGCCGCAUGUCCGUCCCAUCCAAUCGCGACCAUCAUUAUCGGAACCUUAAAGACCGCUACGGCAACUGCACCUACGUUGAUGGCAACCUCGAGCUAACAUGGCUCCAGGACGAGAACCUCGACUUGAGCUUCCUCCACUCCAUUCGGGAAGUGACGGGGUACGUCCUCAUCUCCCACGUCGACAUCCAGCGGAUCGUCCUACCCCGGCUGCAAAUCAUCCGGGGAAGAACCCUCUUCAGAAUGAACGUGCGCGAAGAGGAUUUCGCCCUCUUGGUCACCCUCUCCAAGAUGUUCACUCUGGAACUACCCGCACUGCGCGACGUUCUCAAAGGUAGCAUUGGCCUCUUCAACAACUACAACCUCUGCCACGUGAAGACUAUCAACUGGAAGGAGAUCAUCACGGAUCCCGUGGGCCGUUACCUCUUCGUUUAUAAUUUCACGUCGCCGGAGCGCGAAUGUCCUCCGUGCCACAAGAAUUGCGAGAAAGGGUGUUGGGGCGAGGGCGAAAGGAACUGUCAGAAGUUCUCCAAAGAGAACUGCAGCCCCCAGUGCUACCAAGGACGUUGUUUCGGGCCGAACCCGCGCGAGUGUUGUCAUCUGUUUUGUGCCGGGGGGUGUACGGGACCUAAGCAAAGCGAUUGCAUAGCAUGCAGAAACUUUUACGAUGAUGGGGUGUGCACGCAGGAGUGUCCUCCCAUGCAGAUUUACAAUCCCAUAACGUAUUCGUGGGAGAAUAAUCCGAAAGGGAAAUACGCAUAUGGUGCUACGUGUGUGAAGAACUGUCCGGAACACUUGCUCAAGGAUAAUGGAGCGUGCGUUCGGGCGUGUCCACCCCACAAAAAAGCGCAUGAAGGGGCGUGCGUUCCGUGCGAUGGACCCUGUCCGAAAACUUGUACCAGUGAUACUUCCAUAAAUUCGGGGAACAUCGAUAGUUUCAAAGGGUGUACUGUGAUAGAAGGAGAUAUUAUGAUUCUUCAGAAUACUUUCGAUGGGUUCCAACACAUUUACCCGAAUUACACUUUCGGGGAACGAUAUACUCAGAUGGAUCCAGACAGGCUGGAAGUGUUUAGUACCCUCAAAGAAAUAACCGGGCACAUCAACAUCCAAGCCUACCACGAAAAGUUCACGAACUUGUCGUACUUCAGAAACUUGGAAGUGAUAGGUGGGAGGUCACUGCACGAGUAUUUCACUUCGUUAUACAUCGUGAAGACGUCUUUACGGUCGCUUGAGCUCAGAUCGCUGAGACGACUCAACGCAGGGACGGUUGCUAUCCUGGAAAACAAGCACUUGUGUUUCGCGGAGGGAAUUAAUUGGAACAAGAUACGUAAAACCAGGGAAAAUGUGUUGAUGCUGUCGAACAACAACGAUCCGAAGGAAUGCGAAAAGGCGGGUUUGGUUUGUGAUAGCGAGUGUAGCAGCGAUGGUUGUUGGGGCUCGGGGCCAGAACAGUGCUUAUCGUGCGCCCAUUUCCAACUAGACAUAGAAGGCCGAUGUAUUGCCAACUGUUCAGUCUUGCCGGGGAUUUAUCAAGCAAGCCACACUUUGUGCAAGCGUUGCCACGAGGAAUGCGGUUCUUCGUGUAAAGGUCCUGGUGCGGACAAAUGCAACACCUGCAAGCAUUUCCAGGACGGCCCUUACUGCGUUCCUGAAUGCCCUACUAACAAGUACGCUGAGAACGGACAAUGCAAGAGCUGCCACCAGAACUGCGUUGGAGGUUGUAUGGGACCCUCAAACACGGUCGGAAUAAACGGCUGCAACUCCUGUGAGAAAGCAAUAAUGAACGAAAACGCCACCAUCGAUUAUUGCUUGGACAAAAACGAGAAUUGCCCUAAUGGGUACUACUACGAAUACUUGGGACCUCAAGAGCACGAGUCCCUGAAGUCAAUGGCCGGGAAAGCAAUUUGUCGUAAAUGUCACCCUAGAUGCAAACUCUGCACCGGCUACGGCUUCCACGAACUAGUUUGUCAAAAAUGUACUCACUACAAAAAGGGCGAACAGUGCGAAGACGAAUGUCCAUACAACGACUACGCCGAUAACGAAGUUCAAGAAUGCAAACCAUGCGAUCCAGAAUGUCGUGGGUGUACAGGCCCGGGACCCGAAAACUGCGUAUUAUGCGAAAAUUACAAAGUCUACGAUAAUGGAGACCCUUUAAGUAAUUCGUCGUUCCGUUGCAUGUCUACUUGCCCGCCAGAAUUCCCCCACCGGGCAUUUCCGGAUAACGCCAACGCCUAUUGUUCUGACAGACCUCUUACCAUGUCAUCAACGAGUUUCGGAGACAACAAUUCCACCAUCAUUGUAACCACGGUCGGCAUUGUCUUGGCCGUAAUCACGUUAAUAGUGGGAUUCUUGAUUAUCUGGAUCUGUCGCAAGAAAGUUAAGAACGAAGAGAAUACGUUGAAAAUGACGAUGGCGUUGACGGGUCUUGAAGAUGAACCCUUGAGACAAACGAAUGUUGCUCCUAAUUGUAAGAGACUAAGAACAAUCAAAGAGACGGAACUCAGACGAGGUAACGUCUUGGGACAAGGAGCCUUCGGUAUAGUGUAUAAAGGGUUCUGGAUACUGGAAGGAGAGAACUCCAAAACGAACAAAAUCCCAGUGGCGAUCAAAGUCUUGAAUGACAGCAAAAACACAAGUCAGGGUAGAAAUAGUAGUCAAGAGUUUUUGGACGAAGCCUUCAUUAUGGCGAGCAUGGAACACCCAAAUUUGCUUCAACUAUUGGGUGUCUGUAUGACUUCCGAGAUCAUGCUCGUCACGCAGUUGAUGCCCAUGGGAUGCUUAUUGGACUUCGUGAGGAAAAAUCGUGACAAUAUCGGCGCGAAAGAGCUCCUGCGGUGGUCCACACAAAUCGCCCGAGGGAUGGCAUAUUUGGAAGAAAAACGUUUAGUCCAUCGGGAUUUGGCGGCGAGAAAUGUGUUAGUUCAAAGUUCCUCAACCGUUAAAAUCACAGACUUCGGUUUAGCCAAAUUACUAGAUGUGAAUGAAGACGAGUACAAGGCGGCUGGAGGGAAAAUGCCCAUCAAGUGGUUGGCUUUGGAAUGUAUUCAGCACAGGAUAUUCACACACAAAUCCGACGUUUGGGCGUUCGGCGUAACAAUCUGGGAAUUGUUAACCUUUGGAGGCAAACCCUACGAGAACGUGCAUGCCAAAGACGUUCCCGAAUUGUUGGAAAAAGGGGAAAGGCUGCCACAACCCGAAGGAUGCAGUAUCGACGUCUACAUGAUCCUCGUGAAGUGUUGGAUCCUGGAUGCCGAAGGCAGACCCAGCUUUAAAGAGUUAGCCGAAGACUUCAGCAAAAUGUCGCGCGAACCCGGAAGAUAUUUAGCAGCCCCAGGGGACCGAAAUUACUCAACUCAGGAGGAGGACUUGCGCAAUUUAGCGUCAACUCUUGAAACCUCGGGUAGCCAAUCUGAGUUCGACGAGUGUCUUCAACCCAAAUCCCGGGCGCCUCUUCACCCGAUGGGUUGGAGUUCCUCGAUGUAUCCUUCUCCGACCCCGGACAAGUACUGGAAGUCGGCGUCUCAGACCAACUCCGACGGGAGUUGUAACCCUCAGUACCAAAACCAUUUGAAUCGGAAAUUGCUCAAGUACCCUCCAAGCGCUCCUCCGUUCCCGAAUGGAAUGAAGGUUCGCGACGACGUCUCGUCUGACGAGUACGACUCGGGUCCUUCCAAGGCCCAGGUGGGGAGUUUGAAGUUGGACUUGCCGGUCGACGAGGACGACUACCUCAUGCCUUCGCCGCAGCAGACGCAAGGGGCGUCUACGUACGUCGAUCUAAUCGACUCCCAAAACACGGACAAUCCGAGUCAAAGUGGUGUGUUUAGAUCUUUAGACUUUUAUAAGAACAACAUCGACAAUCCGGAGUAUCUUAUGAGCAAUGAAGCGGCUCCCAGCCAAACUGUAGGUCUUCCUGCCAUUCCUGAGAAUACGAAUUUCCCGCCGUUCCAGCCGCAGCGCAGUUCCGAGGAGGAGUCGGAUCACGAGUACUACAACGACUUCGAUAGGCUGCAGAGGGAGCUGCAGCCGCUGCAGCGGAACAAAGAUGGCGCUAUCGUCUGACGGACUGAUGUGAAUGAUGUACAAACAAGUAACGGCCUUUCGUACUUUUGUUAUAUAAGAGGGGAUGAGGCUGUGUUCUACUGCAUAUUGCUACUUAAUUCCCAUAGGUUUAAUAUUAGGAACUAAUGUCAAAAUUAUGACAAUAAUUGGUGCCAUUAAUUGCAUAUGGCAUGGUUUUUGUAUAUACAUAUUACAAAAUGAGUCUAUAAGAUCUUGUAUAUACCUAAAACGUAUUUUUUAGUAGUUUUUAAGAAUACGAAUAAAUAACCAGUUGGGUGAGUUGCGGAUGCGCCUGUCCUAUGUAUUCUUGCCCAAUCGUAUCUGUGAUAAAUUUAAUAACGUUGUAACUUACGUAGAGAGUGUGAAUACGAAAAGAAAUAUUUUUUUUAUUCUCUGACCAAGAAGAGGUUCAACAACUUAACGUCAGGGUCAGGGUUAGAACAAGCCCAGUUAUUGUUUUUUCAUUAUUUUUGUUUUUUGUUUAUUCCAUAUGAAAUGAAUUCCUGUAGUUGUUAGUUAUUCUGGGAAAGAUCUUAAAACGUUCGGUCUCAAAACAAAAUCUCAUUUGUACAUAAUUUUAUUUAUGUAGAAAUAGAUUAUUUUUGUUACUGUAUGCACUAGACUUGUGCCAUUCAUGUGAACAUGUGCCUUGUUAUUUUUCCAUAGUAGUAUGUUUAUAAAAAUUUUUAAUAAAUACAUAUAUUUAAUAA